AAAGAAAGAAAAAAAAAAAAAAACGAAGGAAACCGCCAAGCAAUAUGGAUGCCUCAUCCCGUAGACCAGACCGCGGUCUGCUACUGAUAUCAAAUUUACCAGCCCUACAGAAUUUGAUCAAGCGAGACCCAGAUGGCUAUGCUGCCGAGUUUGCAACCCAAUGGGACCACUACCAAUCACUCAGAUCCGUCAUCCUACUCGGACUGAGCGUCGCUGGUGGCGGGGACUUGAUCGGCGCUGGGAGCACUACCCAGACCGGCGCCAGUGGUAAUAACAAAGGUCGAAGGGAGACCGAAGAUAAAUUUAGGGAGGUCAUCGGAUUCCUGGCUCAGACCGCUCCUUGCUUUGCUACUAAACAAAACCCUAUCAGAUCCGUCAAAUCUUUACCCUCAGAACUGUCCAGUCUAUUACUUGAAAGACACGACAGAUUACAUCCGGAUACUAGGAAAGCUUUGGUGCAAGCCCUAGUCGGUAUACGUCGAAAGGACCCCUCAAACUGCAUGCUGACCAACCUCGAAUUGUUGCACGUACUUUUUGGUUUACUGCCUUUGACCACAUCCCCAACCUUGAGGGCUUCUAUCUUGAAGACAAUCCUCACUGAUAUCAAGAUGGCAAAUAAGAAGGCUAAAAACCAAAAACUCAAUCGAUCGAUUCAAGGCCUCCUAUUCAGCAUGGUCGAGAACGGGAUCAACUUACCGAGUGGUAUUGGUGGAUCAGCGCUCGAAGGAACAGGUCUCAAAAAGACUAAGAGCAAAAGCCAGAACCCCGAGGCUAAAACCAGCGGCCGAGAGGCUAUGUGGGCCGUCAAACUUGCAUCCGAGUUGUGGCGCAAAGGGAUAUGGAACGACUCCAAAACGAUCCGGAUCUUAGCAGACGCUUGCUUCCAUUUUAAUACCAAGGUUCAAUCAGCCGCCAUCCACUUCUUCCUCGCCGAUCCCGAAUCAUCUGCCGCUUGUGCUGAUGAUCAGGAUAGCGAUAACGAUCAGCCGCAAGAGAUCAACGUCCGACAAGUCAAACAUGUCCAGACCAUCAAUAAGAAAAGGAAAUCAACCGAGAAGAAAACCGAAAAGAAGAUCAAAGCUGCUGCUAAACUACAACGAGCCAAAGAAGCUGGCGCCUCCCGUGUCGACUCUAACUUCUCUGCACUACAUCUCCUUCAAGAUCCGCAGCAUCUCGCAGAACAAUUAUAUGAAGCUUUGAUGCGGAACGACAAAGUUUACACACUCGAACAUAAGGUUCUCAUCCUCCGACUUUUCUCUCGGAUCUGCUCAGCACACAAGCUUCAGGUGCUACCGUUCUACUCCUAUGUGCUCAAGUAUAUCGUCCACCACCAACUUGAGGUCACCUCGAUCCUCGCCUCACUUGCAGAAUCGGUUCACGAGCUCACACCGCCGGAUGUAUUGACACCAUGCUUACGAAAGCUCGCCAAUGAGUUCGUCCAUCCUGGGGUUGCUUCGACCGUCAUUGCGGCAGGCCUUAAUAGUAUUGCCCAAAUCUGUCGGCGUCAGCCGUUGGCUAUGGAGCCCGACUUACUGGCCGAUCUGAUAGAGUAUCGGAAGAGCAAGGAUAAGGGCGUGAUUGCUGCCUCGCGUGGAUUGCUCGGUCUAUUCAGAGAGGUCAACCCGACGAUCUUGAAGAGCCGGGACUUGGGCAAGAAGGCCGCGAUGGAGAAACAGAAGGCUCGCUCCGACGCUCCUCCCUCCGAACUCGUUCCUGGCCUUAGUCACAAGGUGGUCAGGUACGGGGAGAUCCGCGGUCAAGUCUCUUCGAUCGCCGGGUUGGACUUGCUCGAGAGUGUUAUCUCCUCCGAAAAUCGUGACCGACAGGAUGGCGACGAGGAGGAAGGCGACGAGUUGGAGGGCUGGGAAGUCGCGUCGAGCGAUGGUGACGAUUCAGAUUCCGAUCGCUCCGGCGGCUGGAUCGAUGUCAGUAGUGACGGAGCCAGUGAUCUCGAUGUCUCUGAUUCUAGCGACGAGGACACGGAUGAUGAGACUGAGAGCCCCAGAAGCAAGAAAAGGCGCAAGACGGCCAAAGCAAACAGCAAACGUAAUUCAAAAUCUACUGGGUCCGAUGAUGAAGCUGAUGACGUCGAAUCGGACGAAGAUGACGAUACUUGUAGCCAAGCUGCAACCAACGCUCCCAAACCUCUUUCGGAGAGUUUGGCGGCUACAAAAAUUCUCACCCCUGCAGAUUUCGCAAGACUGAAUGAGCUGAAGAUAAGCGCGAUCGAAGAGGCGGCGAAAGCGGCAGGGUCGAAGAACGCCAACUCGGUGCACCAGAAGCUAUUGAAAGAGCUCCGUAAGCGGGCCUACCACGAUCCACAGGGUCUGACGACCUUCGAUGGCGAUCUUGCGGGUGCAGGAGGGCAACAAGCACAUGUGACUGAGGGCGAUAUCAUCGGCAAACAGAAGAAGGCUAAGCAGGAUUAUGAGGAACGGAUGGCGUCUAUUCAGGCUGGGCGUCAGGGACGCGAAAAGUUCGGCAGUAGUAAGGUUAGAGGUCGUAAAGGUUUGAAGAACGGGGCGACGGGUAGUAGCACUAACGAGGCUAAGUCUCGUCAAAAAGCUUUCGCUAUGACUCAGAACUCUAAUAAGGUGAGGAGUAAGAAAGGCGCCUCGCUGAGAGACCGACAGAAAGUAUUACGCGCUCAUAUCGACCGCAAAAAGCGCGGAGGUCGUCGCGGGAACAAUUAGAGUCUCUUCGUUCGACUGCAUACUCUUUCAUUCACCAUUUGAAUUUGAUACCUGGUCGCUGUCUCCUCCCUCUAUUCCCGGACCACCUAUUCCCUACUUCUCUCUCCCUGCUUUUUAUAUCGAGCUCGGUCUUGUCGCCUCGCGUGUUCUUAUGAGUUGUUGAGGUUUGUCGGUCAGUCGGCGGACGUGCUUGAAACGCCUUGUGAGUAGGACUACUUGAUUCCAGUCGUAUGAAUAAGAUCAACACAACACCUGACUUCGAAAGUGAGAAUGAGACACGUGCUGUGAAAUGCGACAAGGGCUUUGUCUGUGACCC